AUCAGAAACAGUUUGUGAAUGAGGAUAGUCUUUCUGGCUUACAGCAAGUAAAAGACUGCACAGAAAUUGAUCUUAGCCACAGCUCUACAGUUGGAAGUGUAUGUAUUAAUCAGAAUAAUGAACUUGUUGAAUUGAAAACCUUGGAAUCCCAGUUCUGUUCUUAUCAUGGCUUGGUAUCAGACGGAUUGUAUUGAAAAACCUCUUUGUAGAGCCUUCAGAAAACUGGGAACUUGUGUUGGUCAGAAUCCUUGGUGGUUCUUGUUGAUUCCUCUGUUUGUUUCUGGAGGAUUAGGGGCAGGAUUUUGUUUCUUUGCUCAAAAUGAAAGCAAUAACAUAGAGGAUCAAUUCACACCCAUUAAUGGACCAGCAAAGUCAGUGAGAGAAUUUAUUAAAGAGCAUUUUCCAACCAAUGAUUCUCAAUUUUUCUCCAGACAGAGACUUUAUACAGAGGGGACAUUUGCUUCUUUGAUUGCUGUUUCAAAAGAUGGCAAUAUUCUGACAAAAGUAGCAUUUGAAGAGAUUCUAUUGCUGGAUAAAAAAAUCAAAGACUUUCAAAUUAUUGACAAUGGCACAGCCUACAAUUAUUAUAAUCUUUGUGCAAAAACAGCAAACACUUGUUUCUCAAAUGCACUCUUAGCUUUGCUACACUAUGAUCCUCACCUGAUUGAGAGUACAAAUAUUUCUUACCCAAUAGCAAAUAAUGCUUUUAUUGCUAGUACAGUGGGUGGUGUUGAAUUAGAUGAAAAUGGAACUAUCAUAAAAAUGGCAAAAGCUUUAAAGUUACAUUAUCCCCUAAGAGAAGAUGAUGAAGCAUAUAAGAGACUCAGUUUGCUGUGGAUUGAAAAGUUUCUUAGUGAAUUCCCAAUGGAUCUUACAUAUUCAUCUCAUAUUGAGGUUUCACAUUUUACUUCCGUCUCAAGACAAGAAGAAUUUGAGAAAACUUCCAAAAGAAUCAUUCCUCUUUUUUCUGUAACAUAUUUGCUAUCAAUAUCCUUUUCCAUCUUGUCGUGUAUGAGGCUUGACUGUGUGAAAAAUAAGAUCUGGGUUGCUGCUAUGGGAGUCAUAUCAGCUGGAUUAGCUGUGCUGACUGGCUUUGGAUUGCUACUCUUUUGUGGAAUGUCAUUUGCCAUCAAUACUGCAAAUGCACCCUUUCUGAUUCUAGGUAUUGGCGUGGAUGAUAUGUUUAUUAUGCUUGCCAGUUGGCAAAAGACACAAGUGCAUAAUAGAAUUGAAGAUCGUCUGGCAGAGACUUAUGCUGAAGCAGCUGUUUCUAUUACAAUCACCACUCUAACUGAUGUUUUGGCCUUUUAUAUUGGCAUUAUGACACCUUUUCGAUCUGUGCAGUCAUUCUGUGUUUACACAGGCACAACUGUUCUAUUGUGCUUCAUUUAUAACGUUACAUUUUUUGGAGCUGUCCUUGCAUUGAAUGGGAAAAGAGAAGCCGGUAAUAAGCAUUGGUUGACAUUCAGAAAGGUUGAAGAAGAUCAUAAACCAGGAGAAUCCAAAUUCCAUGGAUUAUGUUGUGUAGGUGGGACAUACGAUCAGGACUUGGGUACAGAAUCAGAACUCAAAGUUUAUUUUUUCUUUAAGAAAUAUUACGGACCAUUCCUUACAAAUCGAUGGACCAAGGCAAUCGUGGUACUCCUGUAUGUCGGAUAUUUAACUGGCAGUAUUUAUGGCUGUUUACACAUCAAAGAAGGAAUUGAUCUCAGAAAUCUGGCUUUUGAUGAUUCAUAUUUGAUUAAGUUCUAUGAUGACGAAAAUAAUUUUUUCUCAAAAUAUGGACCACGAGUCAUGGUUACUGUUACUGACUCUGUGAAAUAUUGGGAUUCCAGUGUUCAAGAUGAAAUUGAAACCUGCAUGGACAGAUUGGAGAACAACUCGUAUGUAGAUCCUGAACUGUCCGAGUCCUGGCUUCGUGUGUAUAUUGACUAUUCUAAAAAGAUGUCAAUAGGUAUAAAGGAGAAGAAUACAUUCAUUGGAAAUUUACCUAAAUUGUUUAAGUUUGUCUCUUCAUUUCAACAAGAUAUUGAGCUGUCAGAAGAUAAUAUGAGUAUUACAGCUUCACGAUUUUUCAUUCAAAUUGUGAAUGCCAGUGAUCCGUUUGAUCAAAAAAACAUGUUGAUUGAAUUAAGAAACUUGACAACUGAGUGUAGAAUCCCUUUACUUGUGUAUCAUCCAGCAUUCAUCUAUUUUGAUCAAUUUCUUGUGAUAGUGACCAAUACAGUCCAGAAUGUAAUUAUAGCAGCUAUUGCUAUGUUGAUCAUUUCUUUACUAUUAGUACCUAAUCCAGUUUGUUCUUUAUGGGUAACAUUUGCUAUUGCAUCUGUUUUAGUGGGUGUGGCUGGCUUUAUGGCUUUCUGGGGUGUCAACUUGGAUUCCAUAUCUAUGAUUAAUCUGGUUGUCUGUAUUGGAUUUUCUGUGGAUUUUACAGCUCAUAUUACAUAUGCAUUUGUUUCAAAUGAUAAAACAAAUGCCAAUGAGCGAGCCAUUGAUGUGCUAUACAGCCUUGGCUAUCCCAUUCUACAGGGGGCUCUUUCAACUAUUCUGGGUGUUGCAGUGUUGUCUAUUGCAGGUAGUUACAUAUUUAGAACAUUUUUUAAGAUCAUGUUUCUUGUUAUAUUUUUUGGUGCUGUUCAUGGUAUUAUAUUUAUGCCAGUGUUUUUGACAUUUUUACAAGCUUGUGGCAAACAGAAUAAUGGUGCCUCAAACGGACAAAGUAGUAAUGCCCACAGCUACCGGCAUGUUCGUCAUAGCAAAGUAAAUGGAGAUGCUUCCUGUGAACUGACAGAAAAAUAAUAACAGUUGCUGUUAUAUGAAACCAAAGAGAUCUGUAGCAACUUUAUUAAUUUGCCAUGCACCAUCCAAUAUAAGCAUUUUUCUUCCAUUCCCAUCAAUUUGAAAUCAAAAGCAAUAACAUCCCCUAUUACACUUUGGUGUUUCCUAAGGACAAUGGAGCUCUUCACUUUCCACGGGAUUAGUUUCCUCUUACAGACCUGAAAAACAAUAAUUUGUUAAUACUUAAAAGAAUAUUUCUUGAUUGAUAAUAUUUUCAAUGCUUUCAUCUCACCAUUCCCUCUAUGUCAAUUCUUGCAAUUAGCCAUUCACCUUGGUUCCUUAGUCAAAUGUUUCUCUUCCAGGACUUUGAAAUAAAUAUAAAUAUUGUUAUAGUGAACAUUAUAUAUAAUGCUCUCAUACAAAAGAUUGUUCAUAGUAAAGCAAAUAUGAAUUAUGACAAACUGUGUCUCCACCACUGUUGUUACCAAGCUGGUGGUGACAUCCAGCACUGGAUGAGUAGAAAUUACUUGUAAUCGACUAUUUGGAAAAUUGCAAUGAUUGUUUUCAGCCAUCCUUCCAACUCAGUUCUCUCAGUAUUGACUCUAUCUCUUAGUACCAGUCUUGACUCUAAACCAAUUUGUUUGCAAACUUGCCAUCACAUUCAAACCAACAAAGAGAUUUAGAUCAUAUAUUCAAGCCCUCAACAAGGCUGCCAUCUUCCAUGUCCAUAACAUUGCCCAACUUUGUAUCUACCACUAAAACCCACAUUUUGUCAUAGGGUCCCCACAGUGUGGAAUAGGGUAUUUGGCCUAACAAGUCCAUACCAACCCUCUGAACAGGAUCCCACUCACCCAUUCUCCUACAUUUCUCCUGGCUAAUGCACCUGCCCUAGACAUCCCUAAACACCAAAGGCAAUUUAGCAUGGCUAGUUCACCCAACCUGCAUAUCUUUGGGCUGUGGGAGCACCUGGAGGAAACCCACACAGACACGGGGAGAAUGUACAAAGUCCACACAGACAUCUGGUUGUUAUCCAACCUUCAACCAUCUGUUAACUUGAGAUAAUCUAAACCUCUGCUCCUUGUGUCUUAAUUCAUGGUAAAUCUUGUUCCCCUUUCACCCUUGUGUUCCCUGAUGUAGAUUGGAUACUGGUCAAGCAACACCUUAGUUUCUAAAUUCUCAUCCUUGUAUUCAAAUCCCUCUAUAAUGCUCCUAAAAGCACUAUAAUUUUCUCUGGAAUGACAAACCUACAAGAUAUCUGUGUUCAUCUCAUUGUGUUUUCUUGAGUGUUCCUGGCAUUAAUCUGUGUGCCAUUGGUAACUGUGCCUUUAAAUGCCUAGACUCAUAGCUUAGAAAUUCCUUUGAAGCAGCCUUCCACCUCUCUUCUGUACCUUCCUCCUUUACUUCUUCAAACCUAGCUCAUUUGGUCAUCUAACAUAAUAUCUUUUGUGGAUCUGUGCCAUAUUUUAUCAUGAUAUUGAGGUGCCAGUGUUGGACUGGGGUGGACUAAGUUAAAUAUCACACAACACCAGCUUAUAGUCUAACAGGUUUAUUUGGAAGCACUAGCUUUUGAGGCACUGCCUCUUUAUCAGGUGGUCGUGCCUCCUGAAAUAA